GAGGGGGACGCCAGUUUUCUUGGUGCCGAAUUCUCUGCAAUGCCGCGGGGUUCCGCUGGAUUCCUUGCUCAAAUCCGCCCUGCAUGCUGUCUUCAUCCAUGGAUUAUCCUUUUCACUUCCUCUGCUUUUGCUUGGCUGGGCGGCGAGUCAAGUGAUUCCCUGCAUAUUUGUUGCUUCUUCCGUUGAUUUCCGGCGAGGUUGCGCGCUUCGCAUGGUCGUUUCGUUUCUUUCCGUGCGGGUUCUUUUUAGGAGAAGUUGAAUUGCACAUUUGCAGCUUUUCCAGGGGGGAACGCGCGGUGGUGGUUGGUUCGAUCCGGUUCUUGUUCCUCAAAAAGUCCACUCCCCUUUUCAGUUCAGCGCAGCUUUUGCCGCUCUUCUAAAGUGAUAAUUUUUUUUCUCAGUUCCUCUAUCUUUUGGCCUUCUCUUUCCUUUUCCACGGUAAGUUCAAUUUUAGUGCUCUUCGUUUUCCCCUCGUGUUAUGGUAGUUAGUAUAAGUCGAUUUGCAUUUUGGUGCAAAGUAAUUCCCCCUUUUCAACUCGCCAAACGGCAAUUAUGUUCUUCAACUCUCUUUACUGUUCACAUAGACCGAAAAUUGCGCGCGGAGCACCGCAGAUGUUAUUUUCGGGCCUUUUCCCCUUCGCCCCCGUAUUUCAAAUAUCUUUUUCUCUGGCGAAAAUUUGCUUAAUGGACAGGCCCGAGUUGGCCUUUCUCUGAAUUCUCAGAAUCACAAGAGAUUUCCGUAUCUCUCUUUUACUUGACCUCUGCGACUUCACCUUGGUAUAUGCUUUGGACUGCAACUGGUUUGGGUAGUUGGCAUGUGAUGUGAGCGAAUAAUGGCACGAGCUGGGUUGUUGAGAAGAGGAGUAGUGUGCCUCUGCCUCCAUAUGAUUCUGGGUUGAAGAAUUCAACUGCAGCUCGGAAGGUGGGAAUUUUAUUUGUGUGUGGAAUCUUGACCCCAAAGGAAAGGAUUGGUGUUGGAACAUGCGCUAAAGGGUUUACCAACAAAACUCUACCCAGCUAUGAUGAAUUAGCCUGAAAAUAAUCGAUGGCGACUGAGGUCAAUCAGACUUUUUUUGCGUGGUCACAAGGAGAAACAACUGACCUGGGUGUUUCUGAAGGAGUUUCUGUAUCCCAGACACUCAACCAUGGUUCCGUAUCCUUCGGAAGAUUUGAACUUGAGUCACUAUCUUGGGAGAAGUGGUCUGUAUUUAGUAAUGACAAACGCCAUGAAGAGUUUGUUAAGUUCAAUGGUUUAGUAGCUCAGAAGAAGGCAUAUUUUGAAGAGUACUACAAGAAGAUCAGGGAACUCAAGGCUUCACAGCAGCAAAUUCAGCAAACUGAACUCACCUUGGAAUACAGUGGUGAUGGAAGUGAUUCUAGCCAAACAGAAGAUAUGCCGGCCGAAGAGCUUGAAACUCCCACAGGAUCUGGAACAAUUGUCUAUGAUUAUGUGGAAGGAGCUGCACAUGAGACCACCUCUGAACAGGGCAUGCAAUGCUAUCAUGACCAUGAAGACGAGGACUUCCGUAACGAACUUUCUUCAUCCAAUCUUGUUUCAGAAGCCAGAAUUUCACAGCAAACCGAUCAGGAUGGUAGAAAAAAUGCUCUUGGUGAUAAUUCAGAUUCGGCCGAUGUUGAAAAUGCAGGUUUUGGUCACGACGGUCUUGGAGCAGCUCAUGAAAAUGCAAGGGCUCCUAGAAGAAAUACAGAGAAAGACCCCAGACUUAGAUAUGCUUCCAUGAUAAUACCAAAAUCGGUUAAAACUGUUGCGGGCAGUCCUCUGGACCGGACAUCUGUUACUAAGACGCCUGGUUCAGUGAAGCCUAACAUGAUUACAAACCAGAAGACUAAGACGAACAAUGUCCGUAGCUCGAGUGUGGCAUCACAGAAGAUGGCCGGUGCGCCACGGACUCGCAGGAUUACAGAAAAAGAAGCACUCGGGGUUACAGGUGUCAAAAGACCUUCCUCAGCUGCCGGGCGCGUCACUUCUAUCGGAGAGAAGCAUCCCAUCACCAGGGCAACUGCUAAGAAGCCUGCUGAUGUCUCCACCCCAGGACGCCCUUCCACUGCUGAAAGACGCCCUGUCACCAGAGAGCGUGCACAGAAGCAAGCUGCUGUCGCCACGCCAUGCCGGCCUUCCACCUCUGAAAGACGCCCCGUUGACAGAGGAAGUGCAGCAAAGCGUUCUGAUGUUGAGGGUACACGUCGGCCCUCUACAGGAGAAAGACCCUCUGUUACCAGGGAUAGUGUGAGAACUCCUAGCAAGACAGCGGCAUCAAGUGUGGCACAUCCAAAGGUUACAUCGACCACUGUGAGCACUCUGAAAAGGCCAGCCCCUCUGAAUGCUACUACUAAAAGUACCAAGCCAGAGCCAAAAAGCAAUAUCAGAGGAUCGAAAGAUGCUUCAACAUUGCAGAGUCACUUAACUAGGCCAGCAAGAAUGGACUUGCAAGUGGCUGGCAAACAAAAAUCAAGCUCGGUAAACCUGCCAGCAAGGAAAAUGCUGAGUUCCAGUGUUGGAGAAGCAACUUUUGCUAGGCUGAAAAAGAAAGAGGGCAUUCCGGCGACAGGGCAAUCUCGAGCAUCCGCAUCGAAGAAAACAACUCCUUUGCAGACAGGAAACACCAAGUCCAGGGCACCAAACCCACCGACACCGCCGCCUCCACCACGUCGUCCGUCGAGAACAACGAGCAAACCAACUGUCAGCGGCUCAUCAGUUGGUGGAAGAAAGCCAAAGGCCUCGACAACACAAUGGCAUUGAUGCAAAUAUUCAAGCUUAGUGGCCUACAUAAACGGUGGAUCUGGGAAGCGCCGCACCGUCACACGCGCAUCUAAAAGCACCGCACGGGCUUUGCGCGCUGUCCGAUUUCCUCGUACGAUGUUCCUGCGUAUCGAUCAUUUCCAUCUGGCACCCUCAUCGAUCUUCGUUCAGUUACAAGAAUAUCUUGUGUAGUUCGUACAUGUCUCAUAAGUCAUAUAUCCACCAGUAGUGAAUACGUACGUACUUAGCUUCGUCGUCCAGGGGACUUAGAACAGUGUAUACUGUAUAUACAUCAAAUAAGAUACGUAUGUUUUAGAUGAUGUAAGAUAAGAUUAGCCUAAAGGUCGUUAAAGUAAGAAACGUGGCAUGUCCAGUGAACUUUAUGUGUGGUAUAUACCAUUGGUCCUGAAGUCGUAUGUAGGCAUUUGCCGUGGAAA